UGUCGGAUUAAGGAUGACAUCGCAGGAAGGAGGCUGAAUUGGAAAGCUGUGACCUGUCAGGAAAAAGCAAGAGGAGAUUGCAUAGCUGAAAUGGCAGGAAGGAGGCUGAAUGGGGCAGACAGAACCCGUCAGCACAAAAAAAGAGGACCUGUCAGCACAAAAAAAGAGGACCUGUCAGCACAAAAAUAAGGAGCUACCAUACGAGCAAUGUGGAAACUGUUCUAAGGAGGGCUAGAGGGCAGAACUCCGAGUUUUCACGUGCUUUACAAAUUACGUGCAGUUCGCCGCAUAAAUUUGCUCUGAAGCUGACUGUGUACUAUAACAAAACUAACAUCUGUAGUUGAAGUUGGUGCGAGGAGUGUGUGACAGGAAGAGGAGGGCUGUACAUGUGCGGCUUCCCUGCCAUUGGACAAGCUCGUGUGUUUAUGAGUUGAAGGAUGGCGCUUCCCAGUCACGGGAUUUUGUCCUAUGUAAAGGAAAUUCUAUGUAAUAUGAAUAAAUAAAGGGAUUAUUAGCGCUUGGCCAUGAGGAGACGGGAGAGCGACUCAGGAGACCGGAGCCCAUUGCUGGCUGAACAUGGAGAGCCAAAGUAUAGCAUUCAGAGAUGCCCUCCAGCAAAAGUGCCUGUUUGCUGCUCUGCCCGAUACAACCUGGCAUUGAUGGCAUUACUUGGCUUCUUUAUGCUGUACGCAUUACGGGUUAAUCUGAGUGUAGCAUUAGUGGACAUGGUAAAAUCAAACUCAACGCCUAGAGAAAACACAACUGCUAACAUAUGUCCUGACCACACAACUGCUCCAAGAAUUCUCCACAAUUCUACGGGUAGAAAAUAUGACUGGGAUGCAGAUACUCAAGGCUGGAUUCUUGGCUCUUUUUUCUAUGGAUAUAUUCUCACUCAGAUACCCGGUGGAUAUGUAGCUGGUAAAAUUGGUGGUAAACAAUUAUUAGGAUUUGGAAUUUUGGGCACUGCUGUAUUCACUUUACUGACUCCCCUUUCUGCGGAUUUGGGGGCUGGAUGGCUUAUUGCAGUCCGGGCUGUUGAAGGACUUGGAGAGGGUGUGACCUUCCCAGCUAUGCAUGCAAUGUGGGCUCGUUGGGCUCCACCCCUGGAACGUAGCAGGUUGUUAAGUCUUUCAUAUGCAGGUGCUCAGCUUGGAACAGUUGUAUCACUCCCCGUAUCAGGUUUGAUUUGCUAUUACGUGGACUGGGUUUAUGUGUUCUACAUAUUUGGUACUCUUGGGGUUUUGUGGUUUAUAUUGUGGUGUUUUCUUGUAAGUGACACCCCCCAAUCUCAUAGAAGUAUUACGGAUUCAGAAAAGGAAUACAUACUCUCUGCUCUUCAAGAUCAACUUUCUCAUCGGAAGUCUGUUCCUUGCUGUGCAAUGCUGAAGUCAUUGCCUUUAUGGGCAAUUAUAGUAGCACAUUUUUCCUACAACUGGACAUUUUACACACUGUUGACUCUCUUACCCACAUAUAUGAAGGAGAUCCUCCGCUUCAACGCGCAGGAGAAUGGAUUCCUAUCUGCGCUGCCUUACUUGGGAUGCUGGGUAUUUAUGAUCUUGGCAGGUAUCAUGGCGGACUAUAUGAGAGGGAAGCUAAACUUUUCAACCAAGGUUGUUCGAAUAAUUUUCAACACACUAGGAAUGCUUGGGCCAGCUAUAUUUCUCUUAGCAGCUGGGUAUACAGGUUGUAAUUAUUCAAUGGCUGUUGUAUUCCUUACUUUGUCAACUACACUGGGAGGAUUUAGUGUAUCAGGAUAUGGUAUAAACCAUCUCGACAUAGCACCCUCUUUUGCUGGCUUAUUACUUGGAAUCACAAACACAUUUGCUACAAUUCCUGGAAUGGUCGGUCCUGUUAUUGCCAAAGCGCUUACUCACGAUAACACCGUGGAACAAUGGCAAAUUGUCUUCUAUAUCGCAGCUGCUAUAAACUUUUUUGGAGCCAUAUUUUUUAUAAUAUUUGCAAGUGGAAAUGUGCAAGACUGGGCAGUCGACCACAGUACAGAAGAGGACAAUUAGAGACCUGCCUUUUAGAUGUCUGGAAACAUUUUAUGAUGUUUACCUCCUUUAUUUUGUUUACAUAUUAAGACCAAGAUCAAGUUGUUUACGGUUGUUAAUGAGUAUGAUGGAAGCUGCUCAAAUCUAUUCUUUGCUUGUCAGUGUCUUGCAUCAGCUUAGUAAUAACAAAAAUUAACCUAUUUGUUACUAUAGCCACCAACCAUGCUUUGCACAAAAGGACUUUAGUGCAAUAACACCCUUGUGACUUACAUCCAGUAUAUAUUUGCAGUCACAAAUGGGUUAAGGCAGAGAUCAAAAAUAUUGGUCUUUUGUAUUCUAAAGAUGAAUCGCUCAUUUUUAAAAGAUCAUAUUUCACAACUACAAAAGGGAAUUAUUUAGUAUAUUUUUAAACUAUAAAUGUUGUCAGCAUAUCUGUUUUAUUUGGAAAACUUGCGCUAUACUGAGGUCUAUUUUUGUUUUUCCCCCACAGUGUCCGUUUAAGUUCACAUGGACAAAAUCAAAGCAAAUCUAAAGGCAAAAAUAAUAUUAAACUAAACUUAUUCCAAGAACUUUUGUGAUUUUUUUUUUUUGUUGCAAGGUAGAGUGUUUGAAAGCAUCAUGUCCAUAUCAGAUCGCUGAAGGAACCCAAUCAAUGUGAGUGGAGACUUGGAAAUCUGUGCUUAACCCCAGGUCCGGACUGAGAAUUAAUAUAGGCCCUGGCUUUUCAGGUACACAGAGGCCCAAUCAGCCCAAACUAAAUAUUUAUUUUCUAUGUCACUGUAUAGCAGCCCCUCUGGCAUUUGCCAGAUUGCACAGAUUGCCAGUCCGGGCCUGCUUAACCCUCUGGUUACCAGCACAUGUUUAUAAUCUCAAAGGGAGAAGUUGCCCGCAUCUUAAGUUAACCCUAGAGGCCACUGAAACAGAGUACAAUGAACCAAAAGCCUGAUGUGUGGUAAUAAACUGUUAUUAUCUACGACUAAAAAGAGGCAAUGUAAAUAAAUUGAAGCAUGUUUACUUUAAUGAUAUUUUUGCCUUUAGAUCCUCUUUAAGGUUAAUAUUGGUACACUUUUUUAAAUAAUAUUUUAUUUUACAAAAGCACAAAAACAUUCCACAGUUGCCUUAAAAAUUGUAUUCAAUUUUCUAAUAUUACUGCUUUCUAUUAACAUAUUUUGUGCAACAUCACCUGAGUUCAUGAUUUAUUCUGUAGGGAGAAACCAUUGGUAAUGUACUAGGAACUACCUCUGGGACAGAACACACAGUUAAACUGGUUCCCAAUCAGUGGCGUAACUAGAUGUUGCUGGGCCCUACAGCAAAUUAAUUUUCGGGCCUCCAACAUAUCCAGUGUUUGUCCUGUUUUACCAAUAUAUGUUGAAAUUGCUCAUCAAUAAGAGCCUCAUGGGGCCCCCUGUACCUCCUGGGCCCCCCUGCAGCCGCAGGGUCUGCUUCCUCUGUAGUUACGCCCCUCUUCCCAAUUACUAAGAGACAUGUUUAGAGAUUAAUCUUGUACAGGUAUGGGACUUGAUGAUGAUCCAGAAUGCUGGAGUCUGGGGGUUUUCUGGAUAGUGGAUCUUUCCAUAAUUUGGUUUUUCAUACCUUAAGUCUACUAGAAAAUCAUGUAAACAUUAAAUAAACUCAAUAGGCUGGUUUUGCUUUCAAAAAUGAUUAAUCAAUCUCAGUUUGGAUAAGUACAAGGUACUGUUUUAUUAUUACAGAGAAAAAGGAAAUAAUUUUGGAUUAUUUGAAUAAAAUGGAGUCUAUGGGCCUUUCUGUAAUUCGUAGCUUUCUUGAUAACUGUAGUCCAGAUAACAGAUCCAAUAUCUGUAAUAUUUAUGACUAUUGCAAUUUUCAGAUAAAAUAGAGCCCAAAAAUUGUCCUACGCUGGUGCCGAUUUUCUAAAAGCAUUGGCAAAGUUUGCCCCAGUCCAGUAAUAAGCUGCAACAAAUGCAACAUCCUUUUUACAUUAUAACUAACUGCAUUUAGGCUAAUUAAGGCGAAAUGUUAAUUGGGUGGCUGAGUUAAUGAAUGGGUAAAAAAAGUGGAGGUGACAGUAUAACUGAAAUUACAGGAUAUGAUGUGGCGGGGGAAAUGCUAGCACACAAUAUUUUUUUUUCUGGCAGAUUCCUGUAGCUUCACUCCUGACUUUUCUCUGAAUCACCAACUGCUCUUUGGUUGCUGCCAACAAACAUAAGAGGCUGAGGAAUAUCUCCCAGUAAGACCAAUACUUAGCAGACCCCCCACAAUCAUGAGCUUUUUUGAGGUAUGCUGCUUCUAGUGCACGUCUUAAAAUGCCUGAAUAGGAUAUAGACCGUCAUAUUUCAAGAAUUUGCAAUUGGUCUGGUCUAUUUAGUUUUAUGUUCUUCAAAUCUAAAUUUUGGAACUUUAGCAGAUAUAUGGUUAUUAGGGUCCAAUUUACCCAAGCAACCAGGCAGUGGUUUUGAUGAGAGACUGGAACAUUGAUAGUAGAAGGCCUGAAUAGAAAGAUAAGUAACAAAAAGGCACAAUGACAAUCAAACUAGCCUCACAGACCAAUAUUUUUUUGGGUGCAAUGAAAAACAUAUUAUAGAAUGAGCUCAAUACAGUACAUAAUAGUAUUUAACUUUCAAUAUAAUUCAAGGUAAUUUCAUGCUAGCAUUAACAUAUUUCACCACUUAAUUUUCUCCACGUUUCAUUUAUUCAUAUUCUGAAUGUUUGCUGUACAGAAUGUAGCACUGUAAAUCUUGUAUUAUAGCAAAGAGUUUAUAACUCAGGGACAAAAUGGGUUUUAUAGACCAUUGUAUAUGAAAUGCAGCAUAACAAGUGAAUAACUCCUAUAAUAACAGCAAAAUUACUGCAUGUUGGCAUUGUUAAUCUAAAAAUACAAUUUGGCUGUUAACCUUCUGACUUCAUUCAAAUCUCAGAGCUUGCAUAAUUUAAAACAAAGAUUAAGAUAUGGUGUAAUUCAUGCACCUUUAUAGCAUGGCCUGGAAUGUAGAAUGCAGCUAUCUGCAGCGAAAACAGAAAGAGUAGAGAAUGCCCUGCAGAUUUCCAGCAAAGUGGAUAGCUUGAAGAUGUAUUAUUAAGCUCCAAGUGUAGCAUGAAGCAGCUGAUGUACUUUAUGGGGAGUGACAUACUGUAACUAUGCAGACAGAUAUGUACAGAAAGUUUAGUAUUAAAAAGUACAGAGAGGCAUAAACAUGAACUGAAUGAUAUAUAUAUAUAUAUAUAUAUAUAUAUAUAUAUAUAUAAAAAUAUAUAUAUGAUACACAAUGGGCAUGAAUAUCCUGUAAAAUAUAUAAGUAAGAAAUUUAAUAAAAAUAAAUAACUGGGUGCUGGAAAUAAGCUACAACUGACCCAUAUCAGUGGGGGGGGGCUUCCAUUUUAUUUUAACUAUUAAUGGAAACAUAUGCAUAGAAAACUAACAGGGAUUCAAAACGUCUGGGGCAAUUUACUUAACUCCUGGGCUUAGGGCUCAUGUAAGAAACUAUUGCACCCAGGGGUCUACUGCUGUUCUCUGCAGAAGAUGAAUCUCAACCCUAUCCUUAUGCCUUAUGACAUGGCCCUGAAGUAGGCUGCAUAAUCGAGAGGUCUAUCCCCCCCACCCCCCCUUUAAAGUGUUAUGUCCUUGCCCUGCUGCUAGGGGACUGGAUAGGCUGGAGGAAGAACUUAGAACCCAGCCAGUCCCCUUGUGCCUGUUCACCCUGAGGCACAAUCACAAUAUUGCUUUUGGGUUUUUUUCCUUUUUAUUUUUCUUCAACCAGCAAGGCCCCAGCUGCACCUGAAGCUUGCCCCCUAGCCCUUCUCCUUUCCCUGGAACAUCACUUUUGUGCAGGGGGAGAUUGGUGAUGUAGUCGGGCGGUCAUUGACGUCACCGCAUCAAUCUCAGUGAAUCCUGCUGGUUUUCCUAAUCUGGAAAACCGAGACAGGCAGUUUUGACCAGGACAGCCCUCCCAAAAACCUGGAUGUCCAAGUCGAAACCGGACAGGUGGCAACCCUAUGCAUGUUUCUGUGUCAUUCUACUGACUGGUUGAGCUCUCCUGUAAUGAGCAAGCAGUUGUGUAAAUGUGCAUAAGCUCCGCUACCUGUUCUUUGCUGUGCAUGUAUAAGCAAGUCAGAGCCAGUCAGAACUAUACCACAUAUGCCAGGGAAUAAGCUCUUCACAUAUGCCAGGGACCCUGACCAGCAGACUUGGGGCUGGCAGGGAAGUGAUUGCAGGUCACCAGUGAGUGCCUUUUAAAGUGGCACAUACUUGCAGUUUUUAAUUAAACUAUUACUGCCACAUGGGGCUGAUAAACUAAAUGGUUGUUAAGCUGUUGUUGUGUUGUGGUAGGCAGUAAAGACAAGGCUUUUUUGCAUCCAGAGGCCACUCUGCAUCCAGCACCAUAGUGGUGUCAGGCUAAGUAUGCUACCUGGCAGGUAUUACAGCGGCCUAGUGAGUAAAAUAACGUCUAGCACCAGUAUUACAAACUUACCUGUAAUAUACUUGCCAGUAAAUGUAUAUUACCCUCUUAUUCCUGAGCCACCCAAAUUUGUGUUUAAACUUACAAUUUUAUGUCUCUUCCAACUCCACAGUCCUCUUCACCCCACCCCCAUUGCAUUAUCACUGAUUGUCUAUGCAGAUUCCUUUGUUCAGGGAUCAUAUCUUUGUGAGUUAAGAAUCUACAGAGCUUGUGUCAAAUAAACUUUGUGUUUUACCUCAAA